AUAAAUAAUUUUGAAGAGGGGAUACACGUGAGUUUGCUUCGCAUAACACAAACAACAGAAACUAAAAAUAUUUUUAAUUUUGCUUUCAUUUUUAGUGUAGUAUUCUUUUGGAUUUCUUUUACUUUUUCGUUUUUUUUCAUAAAUCAUUCUUUUGCGACACUAAAAACUAAGCAAAAAAAUAUAAAACUAAAAUGCGUAAGGAAAAGCAAAUGAAGAUCUUCAAAGAUUCAACUCUCAUAUCCCCUCUUGAAAAUUAUUUUUGUUCUUUAGUGUUUUGCAUUAUAUUAAUUUUUUGGUAAUUCAUAUGGGAGAUCACUGAGAAAAAAUCGUUUUAAAAUCAAGAAUUAAAAUUUAUAUAAACUUUGUGCAAUUAAAAUUACUUAUUGUAAAAUAAGCAAUUAAAUUGUUACAUAAAAUCUUAUAGUAGAAUAUCCCAACAACCGUCUUAAUCAUUUGUUAUAUAAAAGAUUAACUAUUCUUUUAUAAAGAAUAUUAAAUUUUUUAAAUAUUUAAUAUAUUAACAAAGAGAUGGGUCCAUCAAUUGGUCAAGCAUCUAGUUUUUAAAAUGAAUGUAUGUAUUUUAAAAUUUAAAACAAGGUUUUAAAAUUGAUUUUGACUUUGUGAUAAGUUUUUUUUCAAUUUUCUAUAUUACCUUUCAUGGUCAUCUUCGAGAUUUCGAGCAAUUUUACUUUUGUGACUGAAUGAAUCUUAACUCACGAUGAUCACGCACAAUUUUUGGUUAAGUGAAUGACCAUAAAAAUAUUUAACGGAUAGUGGCCAAAGUCCAAGUGUGAAUAAAACCAACAAAUAUGCUGAACUUAAACAUAUGCAAACAUUGAAGUGAAUCAGCAUAACCAGCUGGUUUCGAUUUCGUAUUAGCACGCUUCAGGGUAAAUUGGGUCGGACGCCGGUGUCUAGACCUAGAGAGAUGACGACUGUGGCUAAAUAUAGUGUUAAUUUUAUAGACCGUAAUUGGAGAGUUCGGUGAUUUUUCUGUGAACUGUUAGAUGGCAGUAGUUGAGUGGGAAAAUUCCGCCCGACCUGGCGGCGAGUGCAGGUCGUGUGCCACGGGCGUUGCACCCGCUCCGCGCUCGCCGAGAAUCGUAUAAAAGCCAAAGCGCUGGGAGCUGCAAACUUACAGUAACUGUAACCAGACACCAGAAGAAACAUUAACUAACGAGAGCCCGCGCCAAGCCAAGCCCCUAAAACUUUUGGAUAAGCGAAUUCCCUAGCAUCGAAGGCAGUUAUUCGAGGAGCUCCACCACCGGAAUCCGGCGCCCUUGAAAGGAAUCUUCAGCCGAGUCCAAAGCACCCGUCGCGUUGGAGCGUCACUAUUCACUCCUGUCCAAAAACACAAAUGCAGGCAACGGAUUAAACACGGAACCAGUCAAUAAUCUUUCAGCCAAAUUGCUGAAGAUUCUAACUUAAGUGUCCUUUGAGCCAGUUAUCUAAAUCUUCUGACUGAUUACCCUUAAGUGAUUAAGUUUUAAAAUGUUUUGCUAUAAAAAAAUAUCAGUUGCUUAACAGCAUUGUUCCUAUACACCUAGUAUUUUACAAAACUGUUUUAUAACUUUAAAAACUAUUGUUAUCUUACCAAUAUUAAUGAACUUUCGGUAAUAAAAAAUGUCUUGCUAAGCUCAUUUGUACUUUUUAAAAUGCAUUACGUGAACUUAUUAAUUUUGCGCCAGUUUGGAGGGGAUUUUUCGAACCACUUUUAAUAAUUCUAUCUUCGGAUAAAUACCGAUGUAGAUCACAGGGGGUAUUUUUACAAAAACUAUGUCAUAGUGCCAUUUUUCUGGAACAAUAACUAUGGUAAUCAAGUAUGAGUUCCUUAGAAUUUCCUGAAUACAUCAAUUAUACCGAGAAGAUUAGCUUUGUGCGACUUAUUUUUGCAUCAAAACAGGUAUUUUUGUUUAUGUAUUAAACACGAUACUAUGAUAAUACUGAGAAAGGAGUUAUGAAUCGAUUAGGAUUAUAUAAGUUAAAACGCAGUUAGAGAAAACCAUGUGUGCAUCUUAUUGAAAAAUUCGAUAAUUAACUUUGGACUAUAUAAUAAUGCUAUAAACAAUACUAAAAACUGAGCUAGCUGGAUUGUAGGAAAGUCCUUAGCAAUCUGCGUUGUUAAUUUUGUAUUAUAUUUAAAUUUGUCCACAAGUGAGCUUAAUCUCGAUUAAUACGUUUGAUUACUACUAAGAUUAUAAAUUGUGGCUUAAAUAAAUAAGCUCAUUCAUUAAUUUCUACGCUAGCUGUUGAGUCGCUACUUGAUAAUGUUUACAUUGUGUAAUUUUUAAUAAAAGAGACACCUUAUAACCACAAUUAUAAUAAAGCCGUGCACACAAUUAACUUAUUAACUUAUUUUUUUUACUAGAUAUUUGUAAUAGUCAGGAUAUGAUACGAAAAUAAUUAUCGAUAUAAAAUAAUUACCUUGCUUAUUAAGAGACGACAACAGAACACUCUUUGCCAGAAUUAAGAAAACGUGUUUUGUUUGUUUACAUUAGAAACCGCUUUAACAUGAUAGUAAUGACUAGUCAUAGUCACUAAUAUUAUGUGUCAUGACGCGUGCCAUCCGAGGGAGGCAAUUACCAAGAAGUCAGGUUUGUCGCACUUAUCAUUUUAAUCAAUUUUAUGAUACAUUAACUUAUUAAAAUUUGUUCAUAAUACUUAUCGAAUGAAUCAGCUCUAAAACAUUGGUUAUCUAAUAUGGCUUACAACUUUUGGCCGCCGUGAGCAAAUCUCAUUCACAGUUAUAAGUAUAGAACAGUUCAACGAUGUUCAAGCCCCUAGUCGUAGUCUAAAAUAGAUUUUCCCAAUUCUAACAACGCCCGUACAAAAUUACUGGACGUGCGCCCCACAAUAAAAAAAAAACUAUAAGCUAUGACAACGAUUUGUCUACCUGGGUAAUUUUAUGCAUUGCAAACGAGCAAUGCCACGUCGAUAUAAAACUCACUACCAAGUGGAAUUUCAUAACAGAACACAACUGAACAUGCAUGCGAUUUUUUUAUUGACUACGAUCCUUGUAUGCGUUAUUGUAUUGCUGAAGUUAAGUUGGGGAGGCGGAAGUUUCCUCACCCAAAACUCAACAAACGGUGAAUUGAUUGACAAGGAUCUAUCAACAUCAACCGAAUGGUUCAAAGAUGCAAUAAGGCACAGAGCGAAGGAAAACGAUUUAAAUACCAUUACCGACAAAGAUCUUCUAAAAUCAAAGGCAAGAAUCCAAAAGCUUCUUACUAUUCUGAGACAAAAACCUGCGAGGGAUAACUAUACCAAAGAUUCACCAAUCAAAUCCGAAACCAAUGAUGAGCCAACAGACAUCAAUUGUAAUCCAGUUCUUGAGGAUGACUGCGACCCAGAAUCUAUUGGAACAAGACUAAGUGCAACUCUACUAAAGAUUCUGGCAUAAAUUAACUGAUCUAUGUAUAUUUGUUUAUCGGUAUCAACUGAAAAAAAAAAAUUAAUUAAGUUUCUAAUUUAUUAAAUUCAUAA